GCUGUAAUGGCGCAUGUAGGCCCUACGUUUGAAAAUAAUCUGUCUAUGUUAAUCACAAAUGUAAUGACAUAUGAUCACGUAUGACGUCAUGCAUCUACCUGUGUUGACGGCUGUAGUCUAAGUUGAGAAAAGAACACCAUAAACAUUGUCAGUCACCGUGGCGACGGAAGAUACAGAGCUGUAUAUUGUCUGCUAUUUCAUAUGCUAAUGGACGGUGAGCUGCGGAGAGUACAAAAUUCGGCGGGUGUACCCAGGCCUUGCCGCACUUUGCACAGAGGACUGACUGAUUUUAAGUCAAAAUGACUCGUUUUGCUCGAGGUGGUUCAGCCAAUAAGAAAAAACCUUAUGAAGGUAGCACAUGGGAAGAUUUGAGCAUCAAGAAAAAAUUUGGGCAAUCGCAUGGUGUGUAUGAAACUGAAGAAACAAAAGAAGUGAAGAAAUCUAAGAAAGACAAUGUUACUGAACCAUCACAAAAGGCCACAUCUGAUGCACAUAAGACAAGAACACAGGUUGACAAAGUGCCUAAAGAACUGAAGCACAUCUCUAAGGUCAAGAAGAGAGAUAAACAACGUUUGAAAGACCGUCAGAGAGAAAGGCGAAGACAGAGAAGGAAGCAGGAAAGGGAUAUGGCUAAGGUGUGUUAUAACUGCCGUGAAGCUGGUCACCACCUGGCAGACUGUCCUCAAAUCAUGAAGGAUCAAGAACAAGGCACUGGUAUCUGCUUCAAGUGUGGUUCUACAGAGCAUAGCUCAGGAAAAUGCCAUGUAAAAGUUGCCCUAGGUGUUUACCCAUUUGCCAAGUGUUUUAUUUGUGGUGAAAAGGGCCACAUCUCAAAGAAGUGCCCUGAUAACCCCAGAGGGUUGUAUCCUAAAGGUGGAUGCUGUAAACAGUGUGGAUCGGUUGAGCAUUUCAGGAGAGACUGUCCAGAACUGCAGAAACAGCAAGGUAUUCAAGACGUUACCCUGGAGACGAUCAGCAGCUGUCAGAGCGCUGACUCACACGCUGAACCAACACAGGAAUAUUUACCCGUCAGCAAGAAAAAGAAAAAAGUGGUCAAUUUCUGAAUUUUUCCUGCACUUAUGAAU